AUGGGGUGCCUGCAGGCACGUGGGAUGAUGCUGCUCCCCGUGCUGCUGGCGGCGGCGGCGGCAGUGUGCUGGAUGCCGUUCAUCAGCAGCGUUGUUGGAGAGGUGGUGUUUGUGGAGGAUGAUGCGGGCGCGCUUCACAUCAACACCAGCGAUCCCAUGAGCCAGCCCGUGUUCGUGAACGGCAUGAACGUGGAUGGAUUGUUCGAGACAAUGGCCACGCUGUUGCGGACAGUCUCAAAGCAGCAGAGUACGAUUGAUGCACAGAAGAGUACGAAUGAUGCGCUACAGAUUACUGUCUCCGCGCAGCAGAGGGCGAUUGAGGUUCAGCAGAACACCAUCGACCGCGUCCGUGGCAAAGUGUGUUCCCCAAGUGCCAUGACAUUUGGCCAGCUCGGCUCGAUGGGUGCAAAAUGGAUUGGCGGCGUACUGGCCAAGGUAUGGCGGCCUUCUUCCGUCCUCAUCAUCAACCCUGAGUCCUUGACGAUGGAUCACACCACCAUCAGCGGCCUGAGUUCCACUGAUUUCAAAUGGUAUGGCGGCGUGCUGGCACGGAACGGCCUCAUCUACACCAUCCCAUCUCACUCUGCGACGGCACUUGUCAUCGACCCGCCCACCAACACCACUGAACAGCUGCCUGUCGCCGAGGAAACAAGCUUUGACAAGUGGGUUGGUGGCGUGCUCGCACCCAACGGCAACGUCAUCGGUAUCCCAUACAGCUCACAUGCAGUCCUCAACUUUGAUCCAACCACCCACGUUAUCGACACGACAACACACAUUACACUUGGCGGAAGUGCCGAGUGGUAUGAUGGCGUGCUUGCUCCAAACGGCCUCAUCUACGGCAUUCCAUCUUACGUCGAGUCUGUCCUCAACAAGUGGCACGGCGGCAUCCAAGCCCCCAACGGGCUCAUCUACUGCAUUCCUGUCGCUGCCACCUCCAUUCUCGUCAUUGAUCCUGAAGCUCUUGCUUUCGAUGAGCUGCGGCUGGAUGGAGGAAACGUCGAGUCCAAAUGGUACGGUGGCGUGCUUGCAGGGAAUGGGCUGAUCUACGGCAUCCCGUCGAAUAGCGCGUCGAUGCUCAUCAUUGACCCAGCGACGAACGCGACAGACACGCUCGUGGUUGCAAGUGAGACUUCCUCUGCAAAGUGGGUUGGCGGCGUGCUCGCGCCCAACGGCGACAUCAUCGGCAUCCCCUACAACUCGCCAGCCGUGCUCAUCAUUGAUCCAACCACCAACACCACGGACACGACGACAAUUGCUGGACUGGAUGGAUUGGGCAAGGGGUGGGGCGGCGUGCUUGCUGGCAACGGGCUUGUGUACGGCAUGCCAUAUGCUGCCAAUGCUGUCCUCGUCAUCGACCCUGGGUGCUGAUGCGCGGGUUUGUGAGUGAGUGAGUGAGUGAGUGAGUGA